AUGAAUUCCCAAUCAAUUUCUUCGGCGACACAAUCUUCAGAGAUUGCCCCAGGCAAAUUGGAAAAAUCAGACUCGGUUAUUAAUUUAACAAAACCAGAGUUAUAUGGUAUUUAUAAUAGUGAUUCAUUAUUUGGUACUAAUGUAGAAGAUAUGGAUCUUUACAUUAAAACUGCUAAACCUAAAGAAAAAGAUGAUUCUAUACCUGCUAGACAACCCCCACAAAACUUGUACUCGUUACCACUCCUUGUAAAGUUUAUGAUUUUAGCUGCUUCUGCAUUCAUAUAUAAUGAAAUAACUAAACAUAUCAAUUAUAGUCAUUUUAGUGAUAAUAAAUUGGCGAACAUCCCAUUGGCAAUUUCAAAUGUAUUUGUCUAUGGGUUUUUUGCCAAAUUUAGAAUCGGAACAUAUACAUCAAUCGAAACUGAAUUUGGACAAACUUUAGACAAUGUAUUUGCUCUUACUGUUCAAGGAUUAGCCAUGAGUUUAAUUCAUCCAAUAAUGGAUUAUUUAUUGCCCGCCUCGUUUUCAAAACGUUUAUUAUCAUCAAACCCAAACCCAACCCGUUCAACUUCAUAUUCCAAUUUAUUCAAUGAUUUGAUUAGAUCAUCAAUCACAUUCUUAGGAAUCAGUUAUGCUAUUCGUAAAAUUGAAUGGUCUUCGUUUUUACAAGUAUCUAUUGUUUGGUCUUUAUUAAACCCAGGAUUAUGGUUACUUUUAGAUGGUACUGUUUCUGGUUUCUUAGCUUCCCUUAUUGGAUGUACUGCUGCUUGUGUAGUGAUUUAUCUUCAGAAUUAUGAUUUUGUACUUCAAUACUCUUCCAAUCAAGAAGUUUCAAUCGCCCUUUGGUUGUGGAUUGGAAGUUUCUUCUUUUGUGGGAUUAUUACUUUUGGUAAGAUUGGUAGAGGUUUGUUUAGUAAUUAG